AAAUGAGAGCGUGUACACUUUAUCUCCACAUGUAGGUGACUUGGAAGCACCAUCUAACUUAGUUAUAUCUGAGAGGACUCACCGUUCUUUUAGAGUGAGCUGGACACCUCCUUCUGACAGUGUGGACAGAUACAAGGUGGAAUAUUACCCUGUUUCUGGAGGAAAACGCCAGGAGUUUUAUGUGAGCCGACUAGAAACCAGCACAGUGCUGAAAGAUCUGAAGCCUGAGACCGAGUAUGUUGUGAAUGUGUACUCUGUGGUUGAAGACGAAUACAGCGAGCCUCUGAAGGGCACAGAGAAAACCUUGCCAGUCCCGGUAGUCAGCCUGAAUAUUUAUGAUGUUGGCCCCACCACCAUGCAUGUACAAUGGCAGCCUGUGGGAGGAGCUACUGGCUAUACUGUGUCAUACCAACCAGUUAGAGCCCCUGAAGCAACAAAACCCAAAGAGAUGCGUGUGGGGCCAACAGUGAAUGAUGUGCAGCUGACCGGCCUCCUUCCUAACACAGAGUAUGAGGUCACUGUCCAUGCUGUCCUGCAUGACCUCACUAGUGAACCUGCCAAAGCUCGGGAAGCCACGU